AUGGACUCGGUACAACAAUGCCAGAACAAAAUCAACCCACCCAAAACCCUCUCCCUCCCGGCCGCCGCCGCCGCCAAUACCUCCAUCUCCGACCUGCCGGAGCCGCUCCUCCACCGAAUCCUCACCGUCCUCCCUCCCCGGCACAUCGCCCAGCUCUGCACCAUGAGCAAGAGGCUCUACUCCGCCUGGAACUCCAUCCCUCACCUCGACCUCGACCAAACCGCGGGACAAAACCCUUCAUCGCUCCCCAAAUUCCUCUACUACGUCUACUACACCUUACACCGCCGCCCACGGGGUAACAACAAGCUGGAGAAGCUCCGCCUCUGCUCCACCGUGAAAGAUUACGCCGACUACUACCUCUACCACGACGCCGUCGACUACGCCGUAGCCGACGGCGUCGAGGAGCUGAGCCUCGCGCUCUUCUGCAGCGUCCUCCACGACUUGCCCGACUCCCUGCUGGGAGCCGGAUCGCUGAGGGUCCUCCACCUUACGGGAUUCAGAUGGGAGGACCGCGACGACUGCGGCCGCGGUCUGACCCUCAGCUGCCCUCUGCUGGAGAAGGCGAGCUUCUUUUUUUGCGAUGGGUUUGGGGACAUGAAGAUAAGUUCCUGCCACAGGCUGGAGGAGGUUAGGGUUGUGAACUGCCGCGGGUUGAAGAGCGUCUCGUUGGACAACUCUUCGUGCUCGAAUCUGAGGAUCCUCGACAUCGAGUUUCCGGAAGAGGAGGGGGUCGUGGUAGUAGUAGCCAAGUUCAAGGAAGGAAUGGUGUCUGAGAAGUUGCUGUUUAACAGUGGGUGGUUCUCUGGUGGUGAACUUUGGCGUUGGAUUCCGAAAUAG